AUGCCGAUGCUAAUAGAAGAGCUGGACGAGGAGCCGACAGGGAGGAGUUACACUUUCCAUCACCUUCCCGAUGCAAAGUUUAGUUCCUUUGGCUCUCCAGAGAUACAGCCCUUCUUUGACAAAUGGGGCUUCGGACCUGACAUGGCCAUGUGCACUUUCCGAGUGGAGCAGAAGGUCACAAGCGAAACAUUCCAGGACAUGUUGGACGCCUUCUUCAAAGACAGGGAGGUGCUCUCCGUUCUGCAGGCGACAACUGGCAUCCGCGUGCUGAGCCCACCGAAAGUCGCCGUCAGAUGGCAGCCGAUGAGUACAAAGGUCGUCAGCAUGUCCUUCUUCAACAAGCUCGAAGAAGCCGGAUGUAUAAGUAGCUCAGGUCACAUUCGCGGCCGCUUAGAGGAAGAUUGGGAGGACGUGCCGAUUGUGAACCUCAUCAGAGAGGCUAUAUUAGUGGACGAGAGUGAGCUCUAUGAUACAUUCUCGGAGCAAGACAGAAGAGAGUUCUUGUUAAGAAUUUUCCAACACCUUGUGUUUGGCGGUGCCUCCAACCAGUAUGAGGAUCACAUAGAGGACUAUUUCACAGCGACCAAGGCUGUGUACAAGGAUCUGCUAUCCGUCCGCCGCAGCGACACUGGAGACGUCGAGGUGCUCUCGACGAUCGGCUCCAUCACCUCUCUUGGAGAGGGAGGCUUCCUUUUUCCGAAGGAGAGUCUCCUGAACUUCUGCUACAUCAUCCACGAUCCU